GGAAGCUGAGCUCUGUGGGGAUCACCGUAUCAGCAGUCUGGCAUGGUCGACGAUUGGGUCCUAUCUAGCACGAUAUGAGAUCAUAGAUGUGCAUGUCCAGCCAGAGCUCAAAGUAUCAGAACCCCCACCAAGCUAUCGGUCUUGUGACUGGGGACGCUGAGAUUCGUUAUCACCUCUCCACAGCUUCGCUCCCAAACGCCUGUUUCAGCAGCCGAGUGCCUGAAUCAUGAUACCGGGUACCUUUGGGCUUCCUAUUUCACUAUGUAAAGAUGAUACCUUCACAUGCGGAAUAUCGUUAUCAUGAUGGAGAGCGAAUGUUUUAUGCAAUUUCAUCAAUGGAUUCAUUUCACCUUGUCUAUGUACUAUCGAUGUUAUCGGCCGAUUAUCAUGCUCUAUCGUGAUGGUACCCCCGCGAUACGCACGACCGAAUAUCCUUGGGACUUGUGGGAGAAUCACUUUUCAGUCGACCUCCUUCCUAUUCACAGCGUGCAGAACGCUUAUGUUUAUUUGCGCGUGCUCUUCGUGCUCUCUUGGACUCCUGAUUUUCCUCUGCUUUUCUUUCUCACCCACCCACUAGUAUUUCUUGGUAUGUUUGGGGUGGUCUUCGUGACGGUUCACCCUCGGUCCUUGAUUUGGACUGGUAGUGCGGAUUCCCCUGUGGUACAUGUUGCCUGUAAUCUAAUCUCAUACUCAAUAAUGACUAGUUACUGGUGUUCAGCUGCCUGUUAGGUAACUGGUACUAGUACUGGGCUAGUCGAAUACAACUGUUUUUCGG